AUGGAUAGAGGUGGGGGUAAAUUCGAUAGACUCCCUAGAGUGGAAGACGUGUGGACUCUGAUGAGCAUGAUGCACGCUAUGAUCGUGGUUACCAUGGUGUUCGUCCUUGACACAGCUCAAGUCUUCCUUCGGGACUCAACAGAAGCUAGACCAGUCUUACUCAGGCACGUCGAAGGCUUCUUUAUAUUCCUUUACCUUGUCUCCAUAGCGUGGAUGAUCGUCGUCAUAGUACUAAAGAGACCGCUGCCCUCAAGCGACGACGAAGAGAGGCUCGAUACCCAGGCGGGAAGUCGAUAUUUAAAUGUCGGAUUGCUGUUUUUCGGUACAGGCAGUUGUCUGUGGGCCAUUAUGCGAACAGCAUCACAUAUCGAGAAGAAUGGUGGGCCAUGUGGCCCCCGAGGCAUCUUUGCCUUCGGAUCUAUUCUCAGUGUUGCCUUCACUAUGUUGCAGAUCUACUAUUUCUGGCGGUUCUCCCGUUACUGUAUAGUCAGGUGGCAGCCUUUGGCAAAAAUGGCCCUCAUGCACCUGUGCGCCAACAACGUGGCAGUAUGGGCACGAACAAUGAUAGAAGAGACCUGGGAGGACUUCUUGCUCAAGUACAUGAAAGGAUCGGCCUACGGUGGCAAGGGCGGGAAAGGGUACGACAAGGGAUCUUCGGGAAAGGGCUACGACACGGGUGGGACCGGCUACGACCCAACGGGAACCGGUGCGGCGUAUGAUGCUGGCACGGGUUACGGCCCAAGUGGUGGACCAAGCUACGGUGGAGGCGGCACGACGGGGUACAGUACUGGGGCACGGUUGCUGCAGGAACUGGUAGGGAACUACGCGGCUCAAGAUCCCGUGCCGGUGUUUGGAGCGUAUGCGGAUCCUGUGUAUGGCUACGGUUAUGGAGGUGCAGAGAAUACCUACGUGAACCCGCAUGGCGUCAUCUAUAACGGAUCAACCUUCGGAGGUGGAAAUGACACGAUCCCAGCAAUCGAAGAAUGUCUGGACGGCAAGUACGACACGGGUCUUGGCCUGGCUACCUACAAAGCUUCUGUGUUCUUGUAUUCCUUCACCGUCGAGUACAGUAUCAUCGGAGGUGCAAUGGCGUACGUCAUGUGGAGGAAUAUCGGCAGGAAAGUCCACACCAGCCACAAACCCACCAACAACACAGAAAUGAGUUUUAGCUUUGAAUGUGGUCUGUUGCUUGGAGUUCUGUGUACGAUGUGUGGUGUUAUCAUUCUCAUCCUUAACAUCAUUUACCUCGGUGACCCUGAGAAAUCGGAAGAGAGCUUCGUCAGUAUCCAUGGUUACCGAAUUUUCCUCAAUUUCGUCUCGAUACUUGGAUGUGUACUUGCUUUUAUCGGAAUACACAAAGGCGGCUGGCAGACGGAUCAUAGUGCUGGCCCUGCCCAUCGUGUGGAUGCCGCCCUUCUAUGGAUAUGUGUAACCGGUGUGUUUCUUCAAGGUAUCUAUACGUUUGUAGCUUCUGCGGCUUCUAUGGGUGUAUCCAAACAUGCAGGACUCAUCUGGGUGGAUGAAACAACUCAUUUGAUACAGACCGUCAUGCAGGUGAUUCUCAUUCUGGACGCAAUGCACCGCAAGCCGCCCGAAGACUUCAAGCAGACCCGAACCAAGCAGAUUAUCAUGUUCCUCUUGGUAUGCAACAUCACCUGGUGGCUGGUCAACACGUACGAGCUCAAAGGCGGCUACGACCUCUUCGCCCUCGAGAACAACUACUACGGCGCCACGGCCUGGUACGUCAUCGUCCACAUCGCCGCCCCUCUUAAGAUCCUCUUCCGGUUUCACUCUACCGCCUGCUUCUUCGAGAUCUGGAGCACCAAGGGAGUAGACCCGAGUGCUGGACAUUAGACCUGGAAUAACGGAUCGGUCAAUCAGCCACCAAUGGAUCCCGUGAGUUUAGUCACCCACCUCGGUCGGAGGUGGUGACAAUAUUUGAAAUACUGCAAUGUGGUGGAGGCACAAAAAUGAGCCAUAACAUUGGCAAAAUAGAGCCAAGUUGGCUAGACUCUGAGCAGAGAAUGCUUUGGCUGCUGGUCUUCCAUCGAGAGAAAAACCAUCCACAAAUGAUGGCGAACAAAGGGAUGCAUUUGUGAAUUUAACAAUAAGGCCUCUCGCUUGACUGCUACUUUAAGUUUGUGAAACCCGAUUCACGUACUGGUGUAUAUUUC